GUUUGACCUCUGUGUACUUUGAUUGGAUGCCCAGUACAUCUUAUACAUUGCUGUAAGAAUAUCUGGUAUAAAUAUGACCCAUCUUCAAGGAGUGGUAUAGAAGCACUCUAGCUCUCUGUAUCUGCUAUCAAUCUCCAGGGAUCCUUCUCUGCGAUUUCUCCACCAACGUUUGAUGACUGCUAGCGCCGAGACCACCUGAAAACUACUGUUUAUUACCACAAAAGCUGUUAGACCAACGUAUUAAUUUACCCAGAAGAACGAGGUCAUGGAGGUUCAUCGGUCUGCUGUGAUUCUGCUGCUGCUCCUGGCCGCUUCUUUCCCUGCCUACGGUCAACCAGAUGAUUUAAAGUCCCGUUAUCUGAAAUUCCUCAUUCAGCAUCUGGGUCCUCAAGUGAGCGUGCAAGAUUGCGACAAUGAAAUCAGAAAGAGAGACAUCACCGCCGCCGGAACUGAAAACGGGUGCAAAGAAGCCAACACUUUCAUCCAAGCUAAUAAGAAUGAUAUUAAUGCGGUUUGUGGAAAUGGAGGAACUCCACAGGGAGGUAAUCUGUUUAAGAGCAACCAGCCUUUUCCUGUGGUCACGUGUAAAUUACAAAGUGGCCAGAGACACCCAAAAUGUGAAUACAGAGGGAAGAGGUCCACUCGGUACAUUGUUUUGGGGUGCGAUCGAGGAUGGCCUGUACAUUAUGAGGAAGGCAUAAUUCAUGAAUAGAUGACAGUCUAGUAAGUGCCUCACGAAGCUUUGCAAUAUUUUGCUAAUGAUGUGUGCAGUGGAUGUUAAUCUGGUCUAUUUUUUCACAUGUGCUGUAAAUUUGGCACCCACUGCUUGAUGCAGUCCAAGGUCUACCAGAGAAGCUGUGAACAUGAACACAGUGGCAGUAGAUUCAAACAUUGCAUUGUUGUGCUUUAAAAGGCUAUAUUACUAUCGCUAAUUAUAUUUGAGCAAAAUAGUUUUCUCUCUCUGAAUGAAGAUGUUCUCCAAUUGUCUCUAAUCUUCCAAUAAAAUGUCUCUGCUAC